CGCUUCCUUGGCGAGGAGCCGCGGGGCUCAGACUUGACCAGCCCACUCGGUCCCAGUCUUGACCCGAAAAGACGCCAAAGAGGCACUCUCCCGCCUCCAGGCAGCCCCAAUUUACCUGCUCGCUCACCUACGCGCUGCGCUCGGCGGGCUUGCGGCAUGACCCUGUGGAACGGCGUGCUGCCUUUUUACCCCCAGCCCCGGCAUGCCGCAGGCUUCUGCAUCCAGCUGCUUAUCGUCAUUCUGGUGUUCUCGACCUUGGCCGCCAGCUUUCUGCUCAUCUUGCCUGGGAUCCGUGGCCACUCGCGCUGGUUCUGGUUGGUGAGAGUUCUUCUCAGUCUGUUUAUAGGCGCAGAAAUUGUAGCGGUGCACUUCAGCACAGAUUGGUUCGUGGGUACAGUGAGCACCAACACAUCCUACAAAGCCUUCAGUGCUGAGCGCAUUAGAGCCCACGUCGGUCUGCGCGUGGGCCUGGUGGGCGUUAAUAUUACACUCACAGGGAUCCCAGUGCAUCAGCUGAACGAGACCAUUGAUUACAAUGAGCAGUUCACCUGGCGUCUGGACGAGGACUACGCAGCGGAGUACGUGCACGCGCUGGAGAAGGGGUUGCCGGACCCAGUGCUCUACCUGGCGGAAAAGUUCACACCGAGUAGCCCUUGCGGGCUGUACCACAAGUACCACCUGGCCGGACACUAUGCCUCGGCUAUGCUGUGGGUGGCGUUCUGCUUCUGGGUCCUCUCCAACGGGCUGCUCUCCAUGCCAGCCCCGCUGUACGGGGGCUUGGCGCUGCUGGUCACCGGCGCCUUCGCGCUCUUCGCGGUCUUCGCCUUCGCCUCCAUCUCCACCGUGCCGCUCUGCCCGCUCCACCUCGGCGCCUCUGUGCUCACCGCUCACUACGGCGCCGCUUUUUGGGUCACGCUGGCAACCGGCAUCUUGUGCCUCCUCCUUGGAGGGGCCGUGGUGAGUCUCCACUACGCUCGGCCCAGCGCUCUUCGAGCCUUUCUGGACCAAAGCCUGAAGGACAGCAGUAGCCAGGGGAGAGAGGGCUCGCCUCUCGUCCUGAAGAACCCGCUGCACAAGCAGUCUGCGCUCCCCGAUUUACAGGUCACCACUAACCUGUGAUGGGGACCCAACUCCGGACUCCUUCCCCGCCUGGCGUCCUC